GCGGCGCGUCUUGGCGGCUUCGUUCGGGCGUCGUGUGAGGGAAGCGCCUAAGCCUUUCCUCGCAGCCACGGCUUCAGGGCCACCCUCGCCUGAGGGCGCUGGCCAGGUUAACUAUAUGAAACUGUCAAAAUGCCUGUUAGGAGGCGGGAAGGACAGCUGGAAAAAUGUAUAGAUGAUGCUACAAGAAAAAAUGACUUCCAAGCAUUGGAACAGUUCUUGGAAACUGAUUUUUCUGGUGGUAUUUCUCACAAAUGCAGCAAACAGUUUCUCAAUAAAUUAGACAAACUUAUAUGCCAGGGACUUGACAAUGAAGAAGUCAAGAAUGUUUCCACUAUGUUGAAUACUCUUCUGAAACAAGGCAGAAAUAUAACCAUAUUAGGGGAAAUUGGGUUUCCAGCAAUGGUAGAAUAUGGUCUUGUUCAAAAGAUGGUAAAUUGGUUUGAAAAGGCUCAAGAAAUUAUCCAAAAUACAGUAAAUGAAAAGAAUGACAAAUUUGCCACUCUGUUUGAAGACUUCUUUGAUGUUCUUAUGAUAGUACAUGAUACCAGCAGUAAAGGUAAAAUACAAGUACUAGAAAAUUUUGUUUUACGAACAUGCACACUUGCUACUGAUAAAAGAAUUAACAUUUAUAUUCAGCAGGAGGCAGUAAGAAAAUUGAACACAAUGCUUGAUUCUAUGCCCCGAGAUACUAGAAAGAAAAUUAUUUCUACAGAGGAAAUGCAAGAAGUCAUGAAUGAUAUGGGAAAGAGAAUUUUGGAAGCUGGGGACUAUGACCUCCAAGUUGCCAUUACAGAAGCUUUGUGCAGAAUGACAUCAGAAAAACAGAGGCGAGAACUCGCAAGCCAGUGGUUUUCAAUGGAGUUUGUUAGUAAUGCAUUUAAAGAAAUUAAGGAUUCUGAGUUUGAAACAGAUUGCAGAAAGUUCCUUAACCAGGUGAAUGGCAUUUUUGGAGACAAAAGAAGGGUUUUUACCUAUCCUUGUUUAUCAGCUAUGCUUUGUGAACAUGAGCUACAGAUCCCAGCAGAUGACAACCUUGAAGAAUUUUGGAUUGAUUUUAAUACUGGUAGCAAAAGUAUAUCCUUCUAUGUUGCUGCGGAUGAUGGCGGUCAUCAGUGGGAAACUGUUUGCAUCCCUGAAGAAGAAGUAAAAACAUACAUUAUUGAAGAGAAAGACAAUAAGAAAUUGUUGACAAUGCAUUUACACAAUCCAAUGUCUGUGGGUAUCCAAGAAGGAGAGAAAAUAAUACUGCAUUUUGAUUCGGCAUUGGAAAUUGUGGAUGCAGCGUUGAAGGUUUAUGGUGCCUAUAAACGUCAGGGAUUUACAAAGAAGAAUACUAUGUCAGUUGCCAAAACAACAGUACAUGUCAUUUUUGAUGAAAGUGAAUCACAGGUUAUUGUACCAGAAAGUCAAGUAUCUCCUUUGGAAGAAAACUCCUGUAAACCACUGGAAGAUAAAGAAACUCAUUCCCCACCACAUCAGUAUCUUCAGACACAGAAAAAUUUGAAUCAGAAACAUAAUAAGGGGGACUUGCAAACUGUUAAAUCCAAGAUUAAUCCAGGUAAAAGGAAAGUGUCUGAGGCAUCAAUGGUGGUGCUGUCUGCUGCCAGGUUGUCUAUGCCAAGUCCAUUACCAGCGGUUAAUACUUCAACUCCACUGAAAAGUAGGGUUAAAGCACCUCUUCAAAUGACGAGCUCUAUGGGAAGAACUGAUAUUUUCUCAAUAACUGAGGAAAGAGCAGUGAAUUUCAAUCAAGAAGAUGAUUAUGCAGCUCUAUCUUCUGUUACCAAGUCUGUAAGAAAGGAUAAUUCUGCUGCAAAAAAGGAAGCUCAAAUUCAAAAUGUUGAAAACAUGCCUUAUGAGGAAGAAGUUUUAAACACCAGUGAAAAACAAAAAGCAGAUGAAUUGAUGGAUAUUGUUCCUGAUUCUCAGCUGGUAGAAAGAAGUGACAAAUCAUUGUUACCUGGCAUUCUGGAAAAUUCUGCUGCAGAAGCUAAAACUCGGAAAAAACAGAAGUGUUGGGUACCUGAGCAGAUAAUAUCACAUUGUAACAAGCAGAAUAGUAGUGCACUGGGAAAUACAGACUAUCAAGGUCCUAAUUCAUGUAGUAAAGCUGUCAAGCCAAGAGUGUUCACGUCAGUAUUUGAAAUGCCUUCUCCAGGGCCGAAAAACAAACAUCACAGCUAUGGAAAAAUCGUGGAGCAGCAAUACAAUGAAAUCAGUAAAAUACCAGAAAAAACUGGCAAUAUAAAGAGCACAGAGUCACGGAACAGUUUUAAACAUUUGGAUGAGAGCAUAUCAAAAGAGAACAGCAUAAAGCUUGCUCCUGGUAAACAUGAAAUAUCACUUAAAGCAACAACGAAUUCAAGACACUCAGAAUUCGUUAUGGAAACCAAUGACGACGUUAGCUUUGAUGUUUCUUUUGGAAAAGGAACUGACAAGAAAACAGAUCAGAAAGCAAAACAAAAAGAAAUGAUGGAAACUACAGAAAUGUUACUAAGUAAAAUCAGCAACCGAUACAAAGGAAUGGAUGGUGCAAAAAGUGCAAAAAAAUUGUGCCAGUUCUUUGCUAACAGGAGCACAUCUUUAAAUAAAUCAGGUUUCAGUGUUUGCAAGAAAAAAAGUCAGAGCAGAAGUUCUAGAAGUUUAAAAACUACUACGUUGCUUAACGUAACUACUGGGCACCUUAUGGACGAUGUCUACAACUUUAAUCUGAGUGGAUCUGAUGAACCUACAGUAAAACUUGGAAUCCAAGAAUUUCAUCUUACCAAACUGGAAGCUAGUACUGAUGUUCCAAAGAAAAAGAACCAUGGAAAUAAAGAGGAAAUUAUAAUCCAAAAGAAGCAAGAUAAGAAGAACAGAACUAAUAAAAACAAGAAGCACCUUUUCAGUGACACAGAUACAGAAUAUAGAGAUGACAGGACAGAUAUUAGCUGGCUAAGAGAAUCAAAUAGAAAACCUAAACUGCAGCUGGUUGACUAUAGCAGACCCAGAAAACAGAAGUCUAAAACGCUGGAUACAAAUAUAUAUUCUGUAUCACCAAGCAUGGGGGAAAUACCUCAACAGAAAAAAACCAUAAAUGAUAAGGUACCAGUUUCAACCAAUCAAUGUGAUAAUGAUACUGUGGGGAAAGCAGCACCAACCAGAUCAAGACAACCCAGAAAAGCAGCACUAGCCAAAAAACGUUAUAAAGAACUCUCAGAUUCAUCAGCUGAAAGUGAAGAGGAAUCAGUACACUUAACAAAGAAAAACAUUUUAAAAGAACGUCCAGAACACAAAAGUAUGAAAAACAAAGCUGUCGAUCAACCAAAGGUACAACAGUGUGUUGCUUCCAGUGAGGUGACCAAAAUAAAACAGGUACAGCAAGUAAAAAAGUCCACUAAAUCAAAAGAUAAUGUGCCGAAACAACAAAUGGAGUUAUCACCACUGUCUUCGUCUGAGAGCCUACCUUCUUUUGAGACACUGAGAGGCUGGCAGAAGGGAACAAGGGAGGAAUCUCCUGAUCAUAUUUCAGAGAGAAGGUCAUCUUUGUCAUCCUUGCUUCACACACCUGAAAAGGAGGAAUCCUUGAGCAAUAUCAAAAAUGUGUCUGCUUUAGUGAAAAUGGAUAAGUUAAUGCAGCUUCCUGAAAAGGACCAGACACAGAUGUUUGAAUCUGAAGACUUGUCACCUGUUUUAAGUCCAGUUCCUUUGCUGAACCUUAGUCCCUCCACUACAAAAAGAAAAGGCACCAGUGUCCAAAAAGCAGAUGUAGCAGACAAAUAUGGAACUAGCAUACAAAAUUACUCUUUAAACAGGUCAUCUGAUAUAGAACUGAAAGAUCUUUCUGAAAACCUUGUGAAAAAUGGAAAAGAGGGUUCUGUAUCUCCAUCUCAAUUAUCCACACCUAGCAAAAGUGAGGAAGAACUAUGGCAUGCGGAACCUCUUACUAACACACAUAAAUCUGGACCUACAAUACAUACUAAUUUCAAACGAUUGUACCAGGAGGAUACUGAAAGUGAUUCUGAUGAAGAAGGAGUUAAAAGAGAGGGAAGAAAAAGAAAGCUGCUCCCUAGAAAGUUAUUUAAAGCAGAUAAUAGCACUUGUAAAGUUUCUGAGAGCAUGUCUCCUUUGUCCAUCAAUGAUGCGUCUACAUUUGAUGGAGAAAUCUGGGGUGCUGACAGUUCAAGUGUAGGGAUUAUGUGUCAGAAGGUUUGCAAGGAGUUUGCCAGGAAAACACAGAGCCGCUCAAAGAGAAUGGACAAUUUUACAAAGCAGUCAUUGAAAACAACUCACCAGCAUUUGGAUGCAAUGAGUAGUGAGUUACAUAAGUGCAGGACCAAACAGCUGGAACAUCUUCAUUCCUGUCUCAUGAAAGAGCUUGAAUGUUUUGAAAAAGAUUCACAGGCUUUGAGAAAUAUGGAGAAAGACUUCUCAAACUUUUCAAAGAAGCAUUUUGAAACAUUUAGUACUUACAAGAAAAAUGAGCAACAGAGAUUUCAGAAUCUUAAAACUUCAUUCGAAAAGAACAUGUACCAUACUGCUGACGUUGAGGAAAGCAUUUUUACAUCUGAGAUGCAGCUAAUGAAAGAUGACAUGAAGGGGCUCCAAGAAAAAUUCCUUAAGGAAAUGCAUGAAGAAGAAUUGCUUAAUGUUCGCAAAGGACUACAGUCGCUCUUUAUGGUAGAAGAUAAAAACUUCUAACAUGGUUUAUGAUGUAAAUGCAACAAGUUAAAAGAGACAACAUGUUUGUAUUGCAUUUUGGUAAUGUGAGUGACCCAUCAUUUCUGUAAUGGGGUUUCUACUUGUUGAUUGGAUGUAAUUAUAGGCAGCAAACAAUUUACAUGAAAAUUAUAUUUAUCAUUAUUGUAAUUUAUGUAGAUAAAGUAUUUUUAUGUUAAGUGAUGUUUUGCUUUUAAAAGAAAUUGUGUUCUAAAAGGAAUUCCAAUAAUCGAGGGAUUUUUCUAAAAUACAAUGCCCAGUUUAAGUUAGUCAUGAGUUAAUUUAGCUGGAAUGGGGCCAAUUCUUUAAAAUUAGCUGUGAUUAAAUCCUGCUUAACCAAGAAUUAACUGUACUUUUUAAAAAACUUCCCAUAUGAUGAACAAAGAAAUUAGGUCUUUGGAUAAGUUAAUAUUGCUAUUGAAAAUAGGAGAGAUCAUAUGUAUGCAUUGCAAAAUGCAGUCUGUAAUUAGAAAUUCUCUAGCAGUUAAAGAGAAAUUAGAUGGUGUUCAUGCAAGUUUAAUCCAAGUUAUCUUAGCUUCCAGCUGGAAUUUCUUAUAACCCAAACAUUUCUAAAUGUGCUCAUUAACUGUUUUGGGAAUGUAUAUUUAAAAUUACAAAAAUGUACAUUUUAGAAAAUUAAAAUAGAUUCUGCAAAAUA